AGAGAAAUUCACUUAAAAACUCAUGUUAUAGUUUAACACAAUAAAAAUUAGAGUGAAAUCUCCCAGUUUAGAGUAUUUUCGCUCAUUAAUAAUCAUACGUUAUACGCGCUUUUUCGAUACCGAAUAAGCUAUUCCCCUUUCCCCUGUUCCACAGUUUUUAAUUAUCUGUUCGAGUCCUAGGUGUCUUUUGUCUUGUCCAGUGUUGCCAGAUGUAACAUAAUUAUCGAAUUGUAACAUAAUUUUGGAACAAAACUUUCCCAAAAACAUCUGUACCAUAAUCGAUAAUUGUAAAAUAAUUUGGUAACCUGUUACAAUUAAUGUUUUAUCAGCCAUGAAAUAUAUUUUUAUGAGAAAUAAAUUAACUUUAAGGUAGUCAAUGCAAAAUGACUCAAGUGGUUUUAUAGUUUAAAAAAAUGGUAGCAUCUAAAGCAGUAAAUAUCCGCGGCGGAUUAAGUAAUUCCGAUUUAAAAAUGCGGGUAGAAGAGAAACCAGACCCCAAAAUAUUAUAAAACAGACUGAGAAAAUACGUUUAAUAGCUGGUUUAAACCUAUUAAAAAUAAGUUAAACCAACAAAAAAUAGGAUCGAAAUUUAUUGCUAUCAUUAUAUUUUUUAGAGAAUUCGGUAUACCGAGAAUUCCCUCAGCCAAAUAUAUCGCUUGUAACAUAAUUUUGUAAUCAAUUCGAUAAUUUGAUCUACCUUGAUCCAUAAUUUCAUAUCCGACACCUGGCAUCCUGGCAAAGCUUCUCUUCGAACUUCGAAGGUGCCAAGGUCACAAGCCCAUAGUGUGUGUGCAUCGUGGCGUCGUGUGCAUUGUGCAGGUGCAUGUGUGUGUGUAACAGGCGUGUAGAUACGUGAACGUAAACGACCGAAAAAACAAUAACCCGUUAUUAAAUAGAAUGAUUUUCAAAUUAAAACACGGGGACAUUAUUAAAUGGUGCAAGGCACCGAAAUUGGAAAACAAGGAGGAGUUUAUGAAUAUCGUAUAUACAAAAUUUCCCCAACUGCAAGGGAAGACAUUAACCUUCGUAGACAAAGAUGGAAUUGAACUUGAAGAAGACUUUUUAUUUGAUUACCUGCUUUCUUCCAAUGAACAAUUAAUUCAAGUCAUAUUAACUGAGAAAAACGAAUUCAUUAAUUUGGAAAGAGCAUCAAAAUCAUACUGGACUGGAGCAUCUACUUGUACAACCAUAACAGAGGAUGUCAGUUCUCAAUCAGGAACAUCAACUUCAAGUUUUAUUAUAGAUGACAGCAACAUUUUAAGGCUAAUAGAUACUAAUGCUAUAUUGACAGCGCCUACUGAUCAAACACCACCAGUGAUAACAAAUGAAAUUCCAGCAAUUCGGGCACCGGGAAAGAAUAUUUCAUCUCAGGAGCUACGAGAACUGUUGGAAAACAGGAAUUGUAAGACAGUUUUUAUGGAAUAUGAAAAAUUAAAUUUUUUAACAACUUCUACAAGAAAAAUCCUUGUUAAUAUGGUGGUUGACAUUAUGUUCGAGCGACAUGGUUACAACGUGCCUACGCACAUUAAAACAGAAUACGCUAAGGCGAUUGUGGAUGUAUUUCCAAAACUAAAGGAUCCUUGCAGUCCUGGAGGAUAUGAAGCAUUCUUCAAUCCUGAUAAACACGAGGGCUUCUUAGCCUGGAGGAUAAAAACCGUUCUAAAAUCUACACCAUCUUUAAAAAGAACUCGUAAAAGGAAGGGUCCCCAGGACUUGACAGAAAAUCCAGUCGUCCCCGAAAAAAAAAGUAAUUGUGACAUUGAAGAAACCAUAGAUUUUUUAAAUAAUUGCGAUCCAAGGAACGACAGGGAAGUUAUUUUCGAAAAAAUGCAGCUUUCAUUCGAGCAAAGGCGGGAUAAUCCUGAUAUCGCCGCACGUUUUCUGCGGUUUUUUGAUACUCCUGGACUUCUUGAACAAGACUUUUCGCUGCUAUAUCCAGGAAAACCUACACUUUCGGAGUGCCUACCGCUGUAUAUAGACCGAAUACUUGAAGUAUAUGAAGCGAUUACGCCACAGUCAUCCUUAGCAUCCCACAUUGCCCUCCCUAGCGAUAGUGAUGAAAUGGAUGUAUGGAACCAAGAAACCCGAGCUUUGUUAGCUAUCUUGUAUAUGUUACCACCUUCUGCAAAGGGAAAGAAAGGACGAAUCAAUGAUACCUUGGCCACUGCCGAAAAAAAGCUUUUACAGUUUAAGCAGAUUAACAUUCCACUAAGUGAAAUUAUUGAAGUUGUACCUGGCAGCCCACCUUUCCUCAUCGCAGAAGGGGAAAGCAAAUGCGCUGUCGGUAAAUUUCACAUUUACCUAGAUGGAAGGUUAAUUCCAUGUAAAGAUGGGUACACGUUCUUGGAGGCUUUUGAUGCACUGUUCAUGGCAUACUAUGUGUUCAACUUAAAAUACGACGAGUCGCUGCAUCCCUUCUUCACCUUCUUGGAGAGCUUUUUUUAUAAAAUCGGAGACGAGAAAAAGCUAACGCCAAAACUGCGGGAGUUACGGUCGAGACUGACCGUAUAAUACAUUUAUUUAUUUAUAAACUAGUUUUAAUCGUUAAUUUUUUCAUGACUUUAUUACCGUUUUUGAUCUCGCGACGUGCCUUCCCGUGUGAUCUUUUUGAAGACUGAUAAUAUAUUUUGAAGUAUUUAUCUAUAUAUUUUUCGGCAAGCAAGUUAUAUUUAAGUGCGUUAUUUAUUUUGUUUGUGUACCUGAUGUACGUUUUUUAUUUUUUUAGAAUUAUUUCUCGGUUUAUUUUUUAUAAUACUGACUGAUUAUAACUUGGACGUACAACUAUUGCAAUCAUGUUGAACUGUUAUUUGUGCAAUACCUCAUAUAUGUCAAUGAAACCAUUAUUUGCGCAUUUGCGAAUUAAGCAUGGGCUACGGGAAGAUCCACUUCUAAACUUAAAAUGUUGUGUGAAGAGUUGUUUCUUGAACUUCAAAACUUACAGCGGAUUAAGAAAACAUCUGCUUAAGCAUAUGGAACUGAGUAAUAUUGAAACCGAUGAUAGUUCGGACUUGGACAUUAAUCAACCAAGUACCUCGUUUAAUGAGGCUUGUAUUAACGAAAGUAUUGAGGAUUGUGAAAGUGAUGGCAAAAAACUCGAAAAUUAUGAAAUUGAUAGCGAGAAUAUUAGUUACCAUUUCUCAAAUUUUAUGUAUACAAUACUUUCGUUACCAAUUUCUUUAAGCGAUAAGCAGUGUAUAUUUACGUCAUCUUCUGAGUUUCUUCAAUCCAUCUUAGAGUUAACCGAGUCCGAAAUAAUAAAAAGCCAAUCGAAUACUUCUGAUGCUUCAAAAAUAAUUAAUAGGAACAAAACUUUACUGCAAACUGAAUUCAGAAAUUGCAGUAGUAUUUACAAAAUCACAAAACACUUACAAUACAAUAUGAUUAAGCCUAAACAAAUAGUCAUAGGUCACCGAAAUGAGCAGAAACUUAACAAA